AUGGCGAAAGAAAAGGCACCAAAGGACAAGGGCAAGAAGGACAAGAAGGACAAGGAUAAGAAGGGGAAGGAAACAAGUGGUAAGAAGGAGGAAAAGGCGAAGGAGUUCGCGAUUCGCUUGGUUGGAGACAAAGAUGUAAUCAGCAAAAUUCAAGAACUGGUAUGUGUCAUGUCUAUCCACCUCAAGGCAGCCCUCUGUAUGUUAGCAAUCUCGCGAAGCCAUGCAGUUUGAAAGCACCAAGUUUAACGUAAUGAGCGCCAUGGACUCGAACGGUGCAGUUCAGGAGGUUGAUGAUGAUAUCUGCCUCUUCUGUUAUGAUAUUAGAAAACCAAAGAGUCUGGAGCUGCUGAAAACUAAGGUAUGUGGAAAGAGGCUCUUCUCUUACCGCCUUACCUUUUAUUACCUCUAGCUCUUUGACGAGGCAAAGGACAAAAUGGGUAAAAAGUCCAAGUAUAUGGUCGCUGCCAUUGGUGCUGAAUAUCGUUCAGCAGCCAACGAGAAGAAUUUGGUACCUGCCAAAGCGCUCUCCGAUUUCGUCUCAGAAAAGAAUACCUGUGGAAUGGAGAUCUUUUCCUCGGAUUCUGUGAGUUGUUACACUUACCCCUCAGAUUUCCAAACUUAUUGCAUUACUUCUAAGUUCUCAUCAGAUCGUCAACUUUUACUGUUCUCUUGUAAUACUUUUGAUGCUUAUUCAGAGUGCAGACACCAGUCCGAAUGCUGAGUCAGGAAUGUUGCAAAAGACCUUCGCGUUCAGGUUCAGCUAGAAGUUUCACGUUAAGACGUUUAGCCGAGAAAAGCCUUUGCAGUCUUUACGGCAUUAACUGCAGAGGAUUUCUAAGAGAGACGUGUAAGGACACAGUGGAAAAUUUCCCGACCAGUUUUCGCGCUGGCAAGUUUCCCUCCUACAUAAACAUCGAUAGGAUUAGAACUGGAGGCCGUAUUCUAGAUGGGAUACGUUGAGACAAUCUUCUCAAGUACAGAUUUCAUAGGAAGUUAACACUGAUUUAAUAGUUUACACGAAUCUACUUUCAUAUGCAGCAUAGGAGUUUGGCAUACCAUCAACUUGAAGCAUUUUUUCCGGGGUACGAGGCUGAAGCAAGUGUGCAAGGCGGGAUUUAUUGAUACCAGCAAAUUGCGCGACACUUCAUCAGCUGCGCCCUGUCGCUUCCUAACAUAAAUAGUAAGUAGAAAGAAUACAGCAGUUUGAAUAAUUGCAGAAAAUCAAUGCAGAAACAGCAAGGGUUUGGAUAGUGCCUGCAUUGAAGUUACUAAUUUUAUUGCCUGGCUGGCAUUACCUAGAACCAUCAGCUUGCUGUUUCUGCAGUGAUUUUCUGCCCGAAUUCAGACAGCUGUAUUCUUCCCACUCGUUAUUUAUGUUAAGAAACAGCAGGAGGCAGCUGAUGAGUCGUCGAGAACUUUUUCGGUACCGACAAAUCCUACCUUGCACGCCUGCUUCAGCUUUGAAACCAUCGACUGUUAACGAAAGAGGUUGAAACAUGUUAAUUUCUAGGGUAUUUCAGGCACCCCCUUAUACUAAAGUAUCGUCAGAAUGGACUUUUUCUCGACACAUGAGGGCAGCAUUACAAAAUUUAAGAAACUGAACUGAGCCAGUAGCAAUCAAGUCAUAUAUCUAUUUCCAGGACACGUUAUUUUUAACCUUGACCCAUGAACUUACUGGGGUAAUUUUAAUGAGUGCGCCAUCGAGUAACACUGGCGGGAUUACUUAGUGGAGCUGGGGGUCAAUUACGCAAUCCGGGUUCCGAGUGUAAGCCCAGUGUUGGCAUUGUAAGUAAAAAAAGGCCGGAGAAUGCCGAAAUCAUUAGUGGAAAAGUAGCCAAAGCUAAAACGGAAAAGGGCAAUCCGAUGUGCUAGUUUAGAGGUAGGGUUGGUUUUAGGGUUCGGGAUAGUGUCAGGCUGAGAGUUAAGUUUGGGGUCAGGGUUUGUAGUAAGUUUAAGGAUUGCGGUUUAGGUUUACGUUUAGUGUUAAGGUUGGGGGUAGGGUUAGGGUUUGGGUCAGGGGUAAGGUUGGCCUUAGGGUUAGGACAAGGGUUUGUGGUAGGUUUGGGGCUACGUUUAGUGUUAAAUAGGGUUAGCGUUAGGUUUAUAAUUACGUCCAGGAUUAGGUUCACUUUCGAGGUUACGUUUAGGUUUAUCGUUAGGUUUGGGGCAUUGCUGCCCCGCGUGUCAUAUCAACCAAGGUCAUUUUGCGGAGAUUCUAUACUUCCUUCAAUCUUGCGGCAAAUUUGUCAUACAUCAGGUCGCCUUAUCCGUUUCCGUUUCGGCUACUUUCCUCUCUAACGAUUUCAGCAUCCACCUUCGACUUAAUUUACUUUUAAUGUCCACAUUGCCUUUACACUUGGGACCAGGAUAGCGUAAUUGAUCCUUGCAAUGAAAGAUUUAUAUGACUGUUAUGAGUUCUAGUAAAACACAUUUUGUUUGUGCUGGCUGAAGCUAAUGAAGUAUCUUAGUAAUUAGGUUAUUUACACAGUGUUUUUGCUGCCUGUAAAUAAAGAUAAAUGACACCCAGUGUCAAAUAAAUACUGCCAUCACUGGUUAGGAUGUAUGUUAAUAGUAUUUGACUUCACCUAACUUCCACUUAAUAUAAUUCAGCGCCUCUUCGCCGCCGGACUCUUGGCUCUUAAAAUUCGGGAGGAAAAGAAGAAAUAG